AAAGACGCGCGCAGGAAGGGGCGGAGCUAUGAACACUAAGAGUGCGCGGACGGAUCUCGCGAGAACAGUGGGGGGCGGAAGCACAGUCCGUGCAGAAUGCGGUUCCUGGUUGCGUUGGUCCUGCUGAGCGUCGCAGCAGCGGUGUUCGGAACACAAGAACAGUCUGGCAAGUUAAAGGUGCAAUCCACGGGAGACAGCCCUGACGAGGCCGAGCCGCUGUCCACAGGAGACGACCCUGACAAGACGGCCGAGCUGCAGUCCACGGGAGAAGGCCCUGACAAGGAGAAAUCCCGGCUGCAGUCCACAGGAGACGACCCUAACAAGCGGAAGGCCGAGCCACAGUCCACGGGAGAAGGCCCUCAAAAGGGGAAGCCGGAGCUGCAGUCCCUGGGAGAAGGCCCUGACAAGGAGAAAUCCCGGCCGCAGUCCACGGGAGAAGGCCCUGACAAAGAGAAAUCCCGGCCGCAGUCCACGGGAGAAGGCCCUGACAAGGAGAAAUCCCGGUCACAGUCCACGGGAGAAGGCCCUGACAAGGAGAGAUCCCGGCCACAGUCCACGGGAGAAGGCCCUGACAAGGAGAAAUCCCGGCCACAGUCCACGGGAGAAGGCCCUGACAAGGAGAAAUCCCGGUCACAGUCCACGGGAGAAGGCCCUGACAAGGAGAAAUCCCGGCCACAGUCCACGGGAGAAGGCCCUGACAAAGAGAAAUCCCGGUCACAGUCCACGGGAGAAGGCCCUGACAAGGGGAAGCCUGAGCCGCAGUCCACGGGAGAUGGCCCUGACAAGGAGAAAUCCCGGCCACAGUCCAGGGGAGAUGGCACUGACAAGGGGAAGCCUGAGCUGCAGUCCACGGGAGAAGACCCUGACAAGGAGAAAUCCCGGCCGCAGUCCACGGGAGAUGGCCCUGACAAAGAGAAAUCCCGGCCACAGUCCACAGAAGAUGGCCCUGACAAGGAGAAAUCCCGGCCACAGUCCACAGGAGAAGGCCCUGACAAGGAGAAAUCCCGGCCGCAGUCCACGGGAGAUGGCCCUGACAAAGAGAAAUCCCGGCCACAGUCCACGGGAGAAGGCCCUGACAAGCUGGUCUCCAGCCCCUCCUCUGAUAAGGAGCCCACCAAGCCUGACUUAAACAUACCAGCUGACGAAGAUAGCUCUCUGCAUGCUUUUAGAAGUGAAUCUGGGGAGAAAGUAUUACUAGACUCGAAACCCACUUCUCCACAGCAGGAGAGAGAAAGCAAGUCUUCAGAGCUUACAGAUGUGGAGCCCAAGAAGGCUGAGGAAGGGGAUACAGAGCCUGAAGAAGAUUCACCAUCCGAAGGAGAGAAAGAAAUGCCUGGCCUUGCCUCCAGUGAGAACCGUGAAGGGACACUUUUGGAUUCCAUGGGUAGAGAGAAUGGUGACCCUUUUAAGGGCAAUCUUGGAAGUGCUAGUGCAGAGAGCAGCCACUUCUUUGCCUAUCUGGUGACUGCAGCCAUUCUUGUUGCUGUCCUCUACAUUGCCUAUCACAACAAACGGAAGAUUAUUGCUUUUGUCCUAGAAGGAAAAAGAUCUAAAGUCACUCGGCGCCCAAAGGCCAGUGAUUACCAGCGUUUGGACCAGAAGAUUUGAUUUUUCCAUUCUUGAGAACUUUGUCCUCCCUGCUGAUUUGUUUUUAAUCGAGAGAAAUGAAGAAAAAAAGUACUGUGACCUAAGAGACACCCCCUCCUCUAGGAUUUGGUGGCAAGUCUGGGCUGGCAGAGGCGGGGGAAUUGCUUUGAUAUUUGCACCUGCACUUUGGUGACCUUGUACGCCUGUGUCCCCAUUAUCUCUGCUGGUGUCUUCCAUCCUUUCCUCCUCUGAUUGUGAAUAAAGAGAGCAUGUGGGAAGCCAGCUGUGACCAAAGGGAGAUCUCAGCCCCAGGCAGGCUACUGCUGCUGACUGCCUUCCCUAGGGCGUUGGCCAUUUAGUAGUUAUCCCUUGAAAAGAGCAUUGUGCCCACCGCUAUUUAUCUUUGUAGACCUAGGAAAACUCUGCAGGAUGAGGUGCUCUUGUAUCAAGGCCUAUUACUUUGGGGGGAUGUGCCCUUUACAAAAGAUGAAGAGGUGAAUGCUGACGGACACAGGGCUACUUUAACACAUAACUCUCUUCAGAGGCUCCAGCAGCAAACCAAAACAGCUUUUAAAAAGUGCUUUACUGUCUGUAAGUCCAACCUGUCUAGCAUAAGUCCUUCACAUUUUUCCAAUAUUUUCAUAUUAAGACAAAGUCAACUUACAUUUGGUUGUACUAACUGAACUUGGGGUUCUGGGAGUAAAGCUGUAAAGCCAUGGUUCCCAUUAUAGAUUUUUUAAAAAAUACAGUUAUGAUUAUUGAAAUACUUUGUUCUUCUACACUCCUAAUUGUAACAAACUUUUUAAAAUAGUGUAAGCUCAGACUUCGCAUAAGAUGUGCGGGACGGUUUUGGUUUUGAUCUGCAUUAUUUCAAAGGGCUUUUAUGGAAGGUUUCCCAUAAACUCUGCAUUGCCUUCGUUGCCUAAAAGAGACUUGUAAUCAGAAACUAACUGUACUCUCUUUUACCUUAAUCUAGUAAAUGGUUCUCUCAUCUGAUAUAAAAUGCCAAGGGUAAUUAGUAAAAACUCUCUUUCCAUUCCAUGUCAGACGUUAUUAAAAUUUAAGAAAUUCAGGGGUAGCUGAGGUAGUGUCUUGGAUCCUGCUGUGGUUUGAAGUUUUCCUUAAAUCUGCCCUAGUUGUGCUACCCUAUUAUAGCCUAGAGAGAGUUGUUUUUGCAAAGAAAAAAUGGAAAUCGAAUAGCUGAUCUCAGGGAGAUACAAAGAACGUGGGAAGUGAGGGCAGUGGGGUGAAUUCUUUGCUGUUGAGGAAGCCAGUCUGUAGAAGGGACCAGCCUGUUGCCACAUUUUCUUGUACCUUGCUCAAAACAGAGCAUGGCUUUGACUUGAGAUUUACGGAGGUAAGGAAUGAAUGAAUGCUCUUGGCAUCAUUCUCUCUACCUGUGCACCAACCUUAUAAUGCUUUCCUUUGUCUAGGGAAUUUUCUGUCAGGCUCUCCUAGCAUUCCAUAAAAUCAUGGUUCCCCUGUCUACCUCUCGUGGCUUAGAGAAUCAAGCUUUUAUAGACUCCAGCGUUCAGGCCUCUGUAGAUCUGCAUCCUAUCCAGGCCAGAGGCUCCUCUUGUCAGGCCCAUCUAGGCUUCUGUGCCUUUUUGUUCUUGCUGUGUCCUCCAUUCCCUGGCUUCCCGUGGCUGUUCUUUGGUUAGGGUGCACUCCCUUCUCUUCUCUCACCUCUCUCCCCCAAAUGUUCCUUCAGGGCCCAGCUCAGGUUUUUCCAGGCACCUUCUUCACUGCCCCCACCACACAGGAUUGGCUCUUUCCAUUCUACUCUAUAACUCUUCAUAAUGCCAGUCACAAAUUUUGCGACUCCAGCAAAAAAAAGGGGGGGGGGGCAGACAUUAUCUGAUGUCUCUAUCUGGUCUCUUCCCAAAAAAACUAAGCUGCUUGCAGGGGUGCCCUUGGCACCAUCUGCGUACCUGCCUACACCAUAGUGACAUUCCCUAGGUACUUCUUCAGGAGUUCAGUGUCAAGGAGACAUUUUCUUUGUUCAGGACAUAUGAAUGUGACUUAGGUGUCUCACACAGUUCUUCCUGGCUACUGGUUGCUGUCCCCUUUUGAUGGAUUUUGCUUGUAGGGAGGAGAGCAGAAAGGUUGGUUUCAGGAACCAAGAGGUGGUUUGCAUCAAGUGGAUGCAAAAUAAGUAUUCUGUGGAGUCCACAUAGUUCCAUUUUUUGAGCAUCCGAGAAGUAUUGUAUCUUGUGCUAAAGAAGUAUGAUAGAAUUUAAGUUUCGCUUUAGAAAUUACACUGAAGGAAAUCUCUCACACCAGUGGAAAGCUUGUUUUCUCUGUAGUUGUCCUUUUGAAGAUAAACUAUUGGAAGCCUGUUUUCUAGAGAUGAUGUGGAGGAGGAUGAGCUGGCUAAGGCAUCUCUGGAGGGGGGGUGGGCAGGGAAGCUCAUGGAGCCACGAGAGGCACCCCUAUCCACACAGCUGUGUGCUUGCUUUCCUGCCCCAGCUUUUGGUUGCAGGGUGAUCUCUAUUAGGAGGAAUCGAUGCUUUAGUCAUGGAUGUCAAUAGAGGGGUUUGUUCCCCCCCUGCAAAGAAAAAAUGGAAAUCGAAUAGCUGAUCUCAGAUUACUGAGUAGAAUUAUUUAAAGAAUCCACUUCUGCAUCAAAAACUAAUGAUGUAAUGGAUGGUGAUUAACAUAACAAUAAAAUUAAAAAGAAAGAAAGAUCCACUUCUGGACUCGGAGGGGAGUGAAGGCCAGUCUAUCUAGAAAGGCUAUAACAACUCGGAAAGACCUGACAACUAGCUAUAUAUAUAUAUGCUGACAUUUCUUUUCCCAUGAUGGCUUUUAAUGAAACAUUUGGUGAUAGAAUUAUAAACCUCUCUAAUUCCCCUGA